GGGAAAUCUGAGUUUCGCGGGAGGGCUCUUGAGCGCGUAAACCGUAUCCCUUCAUUCAUCAGGCCGUUUCCUGAAGCCAUUUCUAGACGGGGGGACGAGAGUUGCGCUACUUUUUAAUCCGUUGCAUCUGCCUAAAUGCACUUUCUGAAGAAAAAAUACUUUACCAAAGUCGAUGCAUCAGACUGUCAUCCUUACAUCGGUCUGAUUAUUUUUGUGACUAUUUCGGAGGAUUAGCAGGAACACGGGCUUGAAAGUACAGAGACAAGAAAGGGGUUACCCCGAGUACGCAAGAUGAGGAGAGGGAUCUCCUCGGCUCCGGACAAAGUGAUUUUAACAGGGGUCGGGGGCUCUCUGGACAAUAAUAUCAUUUUAACCGCUCUCACGGAUCGCCUGAACGCCGGUCAAUCCAACGCGACCUAUAUCCAAAUAAUAACCACCCCACCGCCUUGCAACAUUACACAGACAUCGAAUGUGUGUUUAUCCGAACCUCAGAUAAACAACAUUUACACAACUCCACAGCAAGCCGGCGCAAACGGAACAGGACAACGACCCACUCUGGGGAGACCGCCGGCAAAAAGGCGAUUGGCGCUCGACGAUUCAGACCACCAGUACCAGUCGGAGCCGGUCCGGACCAGAGGCAGAGUGGGCACCGCGGUUGCCAAUGGAGCACGGCCAAAGACCCCCCGAACUCCAAAGUCUCCACCAGAGAAGACUCGGUACGACACCUCCCUGGGCCUGUUGACAAAGAAGUUUGUGGACCUUCUGGCCCAGUCUUCUGACGGUGUCUUGGACCUCAACCUCGCGGCUGAAACCUUGCAGGUACAGAAAAGGCGGCUGUAUGAUAUCACCAAUGUACUAGAAGGCAUUCACCUCAUCAAGAAGAAGUCAAAGAACAACAUUCAGUGGAUGGGCUGUAGUCUUCUGGAGGUGGAGGGGGCACUGAGCCAGAGACAGAGACUAACGGCAGAGGUUUCUGCCAUGGGGGAAGAAGAGCAGCGACUCGAACAACUCAUCCAGGGAUGCAGCCUGGAUAUGAGACGCAUGAGCGAGUUGCAAAGCAAUCAAAAGUAUGCCUAUGUAACGUACCAAGACAUCAAACAGUUGGGAAACCUCAGAGACCAGACUGUUAUUGUUGUCAAAGCGCCCACCGACACCAAACUAGAAGUAGCAGACCCCGAUGAGAAUUUGUCCAUCCAUCUGACCAGCACUAAGGGUCCUAUAGAAGUCCUGCUGUGCCCAGAUGAGGAGAAUGAUCCCAGGAGUCCGGUAAAAGACGGCGGCAUGGACAUCAAUGGGAACUCUCCUUUCCUCAAAGUCCUUCAAGGUCCCACUUGCUCGUCCGCUUCAACCAUCCAAUCCCUGGCUCCGCCUUCUUCCUCCUCCGCUGUGUCCGUCACCACUCUCUCCCCGAUCUCGUCCCCCUACACCAGUCUUCUCCAGCAGACAGAAGACCAGAUUGCCUCGUCCCUGGGGCCGUUCUUAAACCUUGGCCUUCCUCUUCUGGGCCAGGAGGACUACACUUUGGAUUUGGGCGACGAACAUGGAAUCAGCGACUUGUUUGACGCCUGUGACUUUGAUAAAAUGCCUUCGCUUGGCCUGGAUGACCUGUUGUGCAGCUAGCACGAGGUCAUAGAGAUUCCCGUCACGGUAGAGCGAGAGCGAAUGGAGACUCAGUGAGGGGUUUUGAUCCCUGUGACUGACUAGUUAGAGGAAACCAAUUCUAAAUAGAUGGAAAGGAAUUACUGGGGCCUAAAUGCCACCAUCUUUCAUUGUGUGAGAGAUACAUGGCCUUGCAAGAUUUCCCCCAAAGGCACCGUUGGUCAGUGUAGAGACGUUUCCAUUACUCUUUGUCUCAGGCGAUGUAUCGCCCCCCCCCAUUGUGGCCGGGUGUUGAGGGACAUCCUAAAGAUUGUUUUUGAGAGGGAUAUCCACUGUACAGAGAGAACCGCAAAGAUGGAGCAGCUGGAAGGGAAACGCCCCACAACGCCUGGCAUUAAUAUUCAUCGUGGGUGAGCAUGAAACCCAAGUGUGAUUACACACGAGAUGCAAAGAUCAGCAGAAACCGUUAACUCAUCUUGAAGGAAAAGCACAUACGCACACAAAAAACGCUAAAUUGUUCAUGUAAACAUUAAAGGCAGCGUUGAUAAUUUUCCAAAGCAUUUUUUUAGAUUUCUGUUUAAAGUUCAGCAGUCAAUGAAUCAAAUGGCUCGGCAGAAGAGAAAAAGAUCCAGCAUCAGUCGCUGACGGCACUGUAACGAGCACGUCGCAUCCCUUGAUGGGUCCUUCCACCUGACUGAGCGCAUGCGGGCCGCGCGCUCAUCAUAACAACGCGCCCAGAUGUGUUACUUCGCUUCGUUUCCCAUGUGCACCGCAGGCAGCGAUAGCAGUGGCUUUGGAGGGAGGACCGAGGGGACGAGAAGUCAGUGUUGUGCACUCUGCAACUUUCUUGCUAGAUUUACUGUCUGGUCAAUCUAGUGCUCAGAGGUGCUUGAAUUGAAGAGUUUGCUGAGUCACUUUUAAAAGUCUUGUGUACUCUUGCUGGUGAUUACCAACCCUGCCUUUUUAAUAUUUUUAAAUAAUCCAUUUGUUCUUUCGGAAUACCCUUUUAAUAUCCCAGAAACAUUAGUGUGCCAUUUAAAUAAUAUCUAACUGGAGUGAUAUGGAAUCAAAUGAGAACUUUUUGAAUCCGUCUGAUCAAUUUGGGAAAUCAGUGGCAAUGACCAGCCAUAAUGAAUGUGUGUUACACAGAUCGACAUGGUGUUUUAGGAGCCAUGUGAUGCAUUCACUUGUCAGAUGUCAAAGUUCAUACAGAUGUGUUAAUGCCAAACGCUGUGGAGGCUAAUGGAUGCAUUCCUAUACACAAAGAUGUAGGGUCCAUGCUGCUGAAUGGUCUUUUGUGUGUCAUUAUGCAGGACAUUUUAGAAAUGAAAAUUGAAUAUGAAAAACGACACAAUAGACGCCAUUCACCAGUACAGCAGUUAUCUGUGAUUAGGUUCUGGACAUCUGUCCGUGUCUCGGUGCCGGCUCAGACGCUCGUCACGCUACCCUUUGUGGCAUUUGGGCCAAUAAUCAUCAUUGCCUUGGUAUUUUGUACAUUUAAGCCGUAUUGAGACUUCUUUAGAGCCGCACUGGAGUUCAUAUACGGUGUUUUGAGUGCACGUGGCAUGAUUCCCUAAUUUAAAAGGAAACUAACAUGGCAAUACAAAUAAUACAAGUGUGCACUAGUUUUGAAUGUACAAAAUACUUGCAGUGUGCCUUCUGGCUGAUCCCUGUUCGACCCCAUUGCAUACGAUUUGUCUCUCCUGUGCUGUAUCAUCCAUAUUUUAAAGGCGUAAGUCGGUGAUUUGUCCACCUGUUCUCUGCUGGUGAUUUGGACCAUCUCAUAUUUUGUAACUAAAUUGACAGUUUAAUGAAUAUAAAAAUGUUCACCGUGGGAGGAGAUAUUGUGGUGUGUAACUUCACAUCACCCAUGUGCUAACAACAAAGAAACAGCCAUCAUACCACAGCAAAUUUUGGGUUGAGCAAAAACUGAUCUACCAAACCGGGCACAGUGGCACACAGACGGAAAAUCUGGGAUCAUUUUAGAGAUUAUAUGUGUCAGGACCCAAACGCCUAUUUUGUUUCGGCUUUUCACCCAUUUCUUCAUCUUCAGCAGCGGAAGCGGCCACAACCACUGUGCUGUUUAAUGGUACGGUGGUUUGACUGGUAAAACCGCUCAUCGAUGCUUCUUGUCUAUUCGGUCUACUGAAAGCAGUGUUGGAGAGAGGAUCGGUGCCUAUUUCUUUUAGUUUCAAUUAGUGCUGACUUUUUAAUAGAUUUUAAUCCUGUAGAAAAACGAAUGAUAUCCAUGUCAUCCACGAGGCCAGGGGGCACAAAUUUAGGCUUCAGCAUGUAACCAAGGGCCCAUAUCCACAAUAUUUACAAAGAAAAAUAAUAGAGCCUGUUUUGUAAAUUGAGCAAAUCCAGUGCGACAAGCAGUGUUUCGCGGUCGGCUUGGUAACACCGUUGUUGUGCCGGGCCGCUGGGUCUCCAGCAGUGGCCGAUCAAUAAGAGCCAGCUAGAGGACUUAGUGACCGAAGAGCGAUGUAUUUUUGUGUAAUCUCGUCCGACACGCUGGCUUUGAAUCUAGGGAAACCUGCGGCUGCAGGUAACAUUGCUGCUGUUAGUGUAAACUUUCCUCGAUCUGAUUGAUGUGCGCUUGAAUAAAUGUGUGAGUUAUGUGAAAGAUUAGCCUGCCAAGUGUACAUUGAUGUACAGUUUUCUAAAAUGUUCAGUGCACAAGGUACUAGCGCAUAGAAGUAAAUGCCAUAGUGAGUCUUUAAAUUCCCCUUUCUCAUAGAAAUUACACUUGUAUAAUUUCGAUGUGUGAUAAUACAUCGCACUACGCUUUUUAUAUGUGCGAUGUUUCACUCGUACCCUGAUUUAAUGAGUAUGCCUUUGCUCUUUAACCGAUCUCAGUCUGUUGCAUCUAAAAUUUGAAUAUUUGGGUGCACAUUUAUCGGUAUUUAUCUAUCGGUAGAAAAGCGGAUAACUUGCAAUAUUUUUUUUGUUUUGUUUUCAAUCUUUCUUCCUCCAUAAGUUAUUUACGUCCUGCUUUCAUCUCCUAAAAGAAAGUAGCACACGUUCAAUGAUGCAUACAUGCACUCAUACUUUUGCAGUUGGCCUAUCUGCCAUUAGGAGACAUUGCCAUGUCUAUGUACCCCACUGAACUGUUAUCAGUGAUUUGUGUGUGUGUGCGCGCGUGUGUUUGUGUGUGGGGGGUUGUGUGACACUGUGUGUCCGUUUUAUUUUUGGAAUGAUGUGAGGGAGUUUUUUUUCUUUUCUGCCUUUUUUUAUUUUUAUGGAGAGUAUUGCCUAUUGAAACAACUGGGUAAAAUCAAAACGCAAUCAUUGACAUGAACUUCAUGCAUUCAGUUGAUGAGAAAUUACAGUUCAUAUUUCAUUAUUAGUGCUAUUGCAAUUGAAUUGUAAUAUGUAACUUUAAUGCACAGAAAUCUUCUGAUUACAAUCUACCUUGUGCAUAAGAAAAUGUAUUGUCUUAUGCACAUGGGAGAUUGUGGGAAAUGUAAUUACGGAGAAAAUCAAGCUCAAUAUUUUCCCCAUUUGGUCCACUAACCUUGUUUGUGCUAUUUUCUAAGGACAUUAACAAAGUUAAUUAUAUUUACCUCAAUCUGUUUCAAGUGGCCAGAAUCUGGUUCUAAUAUUUCAUCCACUUUUACAUGAUGGAAACAGGAUUUUUGGGAAGAUUGUACCUCUCCAUGGGUUUCUAAUGGAAUGUUAAAGAUUUGAAUGCACCGCUUAAGCUUGUGUCAUUGCCGGUGAGUCUAUUGAACUAUUUGAUGGGUUACAUGAAAUUACAGCUUCAUUUCUAUGUGUGAUUCAUGUUAUUAAAGCUUACAGAAAAGCAGAAUUAGGUUGAAUGUGGUGUUGACUGUAGUGACCAUUGAAACAGCACUGUUGUACCUGCUAUUUUUCUACGGUUAUUCUUAAGCUGUUACCAAAUAAAAUAUUCUGAUCGGUAAAUCUUCUGUAAGGGUUAUGUGAAAAGUUGACUAUUUCAUAGGAAAGAAUUGACUAAAAUGAUAUCGCCGCCUGUUUCCACUAAUUACAGAGAAGUCCCAUCACAAUGAAAUUUGAAUGCUUGAGUGAAUGUAUCUGUGUGCUGUUGAAUGUUUGAUCUUUGAUGUAUGUUAUUCACCUAUACAAGUUUCUUUAACAUCUGUUUAAAUGAAGAAGUUGCAUUUGUUCGGGAGGGGUGGAGGUGCUAAAUGGACUUGUUUUUUGUACCCUGGGUGUUUGUAAUUGAAAAUUUGAAUAAAGGCUAUAUGAAUAUA